CUAAACCCACACUCCUCUCUCUCUCUCUCCUCAAUUCGAUGCAAUCCAAUGACGAAGGAGCUCAAUUUCUCUUCUGUGGUUCGCCUCAACAUAGUUAAUGCAACUGAUUUGUUAUCAUUGAAGAAAUACGUUUACUUUGCGUGUAUUCACAGGAGGGAAGAAAUUUUGCACUACUGUUGAUACUUUGACGCAGCGCGAACCUGAUUCAAUGCUUGCUGCUAUGUUCAGUGGCCGGCAUACAGUGUGCGAGGACCCUGAGAAGGGAUAUGUCUUUGUUGAUAGGGACGGGAAACAUUUUAGGCAUAUUCUGAAUUGGUUGAGGGAUGGUGUGGUUCCCACACUUACUGAUGCUGAAUAUUCAGAGCUUAUGAGGGAGGCAGAAUACUAUCAGUUACUUGGGUUAAUUGAGGGGAUUAAUUCUCUUCUGAAAAAGAGAAAGGAAGCUGAUGAACUAGAUAGUGAAUUGACACGAACAGAUAUCAUCAGGUGUAUACAAUCUGAGAGAGUCCGAUUUCGAGGGGUUAAGCUUUCUGGCCUUGAUCUUUCUAAAUUGGACCUUUCAUUUGUUGACUUCAGCUUUGCAUGUCUUAAAAAUGUGUUCUUCUCACGUGCCAACCUUCAGUGUGCAAAAUUCCGGGAUGUUGAUGCUGAGGGUUCCAUAUUUCAUAAUGCAACAUUGCGAGAAUGCGAAUUUACUGGUGCAAAUCUUCGUGGAGCUUUAUUAGCUGGUGCCAAUCUUCAGAGUGCAAAUCUACAAGAUGCUUGUCUGGUAGAUUGCAGCUUCUGUGGGGCAGAUCUGCGCUCUGCGCAUUUACAGACUGCUGAUCUUACCAAUGCCAACCUGGAAGGAGCUAAUCUAGAAGGGGCCAAUCUAAAGGGUGCAAAGCUGAAUAAUGCCAAUUUGAAAGGUGCAAAUCUUCAACGGGCUUAUCUACGACAAGUCAAUCUUCAGAACACACAUUUGGAAAAUACAAGGCUUGAUGGUGCCAAUUUGCUUGGUGCGAUUCGAUGAGAUUGGACCAAAGCUGAUAUGUGAGAAUGAGAAAAAUAUUACUCAGUUGUGAGUAAAUCCAUUUGUUAUCCUUCUUUUUUCCUGCUGGACGUGCAUUUCAGUUUGUGAAAGUGAGGUGCAAAUUGUCGAUGGUUUGAAUCAAUUUGAAGGACUUGUUCGUAUGUGGCUUGUAUAUAAAGGUUUCAUAAAAGGAUAAAUAAUUUUCUAAGAUUUUCUGGAAUUAUUAUAUUUUUGAGGUUCAUGUUCAUGCUUA